GGGACAUGGUAUAGUGUGCAGCCCGGGCCCGUGGGUGGGACGGGACAUGGUAUAGUGUGCAGCCCGGGCCCAUGGGGGGGACGGGACAUGGUAUAGUGUGCAGCCCGGGCCCGUGGGAGGGACGGGACAUGGUAUAGUGUGCAGCCCGGGCCCGUGGGUGGGACGGGACAUGGUAUAGUGUGCAGCCCGGGCCCGUGGGGGGGACGGGACAUCCUGUAGUGUGCAACCCAUUAGUGUCAUCCGGAUCCACCCCAUGGCUUCAGGGCCUGCAUGGCAGGGUGAAGUGGGCACCAGGGCCCUGCACCAUGGCAUCAGUCUGUGCCCAUUGCCCAUGCCUGGCAGACCCCGGUCUGGGGACCCUCCCCAGAGGCCAUGGGCGAUGGGAGCAGUGUCAGCGGGGAAGGGCCUGCCCCUGCCUGAGGAACCGCGAGGCCCAUGGUUUCACUGGGGGGACGGAGACCUCGGGCAGCGACUCACCCCGGCUCACACCCAGCCACAGCCUCACGGGGAGCCUUGCCCCAGCGCCAGCCCAGCCGCACGUGGGCUGGAGCGCUGCCGCAGCGGGGGCGCCAGGGCCCGGUGGCCGCUCUGGGGUCGCCUGGGUAGGGACGCUUUCUUCUCCAGACUCACUUCUGCCUGGAGCCGCUAGCCUUCGCCCGACCAUGCACAUCUGUCCGCUGGAGCCGGUGGUGAUGCGGGCAGCCGAGGAGACCACGUCCAACAACGUCUUCCCCUUCAAGAUCAUCCACAUCAGCAAGAAGCACCGCACCUGGUUCUUCUCCGCUUCCUCUGAGGACGAGCGCAAGAGCUGGAUGGCCUUGCUGCGCCGGGAGAUCGGACACCUCCACGAGAAGAAGGACCUGCCGCUGGACGCCAGCGACUCCAGCUCGGACACAGACAGUUUCUACGGAGCCAUUGAGCGGCCUGUGGACAUCAGCCUCUCUCCAUACCCCACAGACAACGAAGACUAUGAGCAGGACGACGAGGACGACUCGUACUUGGAGCCCGACUCCCCCGAGCCCGGGAAGUCCGAGGAUGCCCUGACGCACCCGCCAGCCUACCCCCCGCCUCCCGUGCCCGUGCCCAGGAAGCCCGCCUUCUCCGACAUGCCCCGGGCCCACUCCUUCACCUCCAGGGGCCCGGGCCCUCUGCUGCCACCCCCGCCCCCGAAGCGCCGCCUCCCCGAGGUGGGCGCGGCUCCCGAGGACUUCAAGAGGGACCUGCUGGGCCCGAGGUGGCCCGAGCCUGGCCCCAGGGUGCCGGCUGCCUCCCGGAGGAUGAGUGACCCCCCGGUGGGCAACGUGCCCAGCUUGCCUGCCCUCCGCCGACCCCCGUGCUUCCCUGAGAGCCCCAGCCCGGAGCCCCGCGUCCCCAGCCCCGGAGCCGGCUCUGCUGGCUUGGCUGCGGCCACCUCCAGGAGCUGCGAUAAACUCAAGUCCUUCCACCUGUCGCCCCGCGGGCCGCCCACGCCCGAGCCCCCACCCGUGCCAGCCAACAAGCCCAAGUUCCUGAUGGCAGUGGAGGAGGAGCCCCUGAGGGAGACGGCCCGGCCUGGACUCUUUGUGCCCCCCGUGGCACCCAGGCCUCCUGCCCUGAAGCUGCCCGUGCCCGAGCCCCCAGCGCGGGCCACGGUCCUGCCCAGGCCAGAGAAGCCGCCCCUGCCUCACCUCCAGCGGUCACCCCCUGACGGGCAGAGUUUCAGGAGCUUCUCCUUCGAAAAGCCCCGCCUACCCUCGCAGGCUGACGCCUCGCAGGACGACCCGGGUGGGAAGGACUCUGGGAAGGACUCGGAUGAAGACUAUGAAAAGGUGCCCCUGCCCAGCUCAGUCUUCGUCAACACCACUGAGUCCUACGAGGUGGAGAGGCUGUUCAAAGCCACGAGCCCGCGGGGAGAGCCCCAGGACGGACUCUACUGCAUCCGCAACUCCUCCACCAAGUCCGGGAAGGUCUUGGUCGUGUGGGAUGAAGCCUCCAGCAAAGUGAGGAACUACCGCAUCUUUGAGAAGGACUCUAAAUUCUACCUGGAGGGCGAGGUCCUGUUUGUGAGCGUGGGCAGCCUGGUGGAGCACUACCACACCCACCUGCUGCCCAGCCACCAGAGCCUGCUGCUGCAGCACCCCUACGGCUACGCUGGGCCCAGGUGACGUCUGCGCCAGAGCUGCUGGCAGAGGCGACCAUGGGCGACCUCCUCAUGCCGAUGAGACUGGCCGGUCUGGGAUGAGGAGCUCUGGAUGGAGGCCUCCCCAACAGACAUCUUGUGGAAUCUGCCAGGCCAGGCCCCACCCAGCAGGCAGAGUCCCUAGCGGGCUGGAGGCUCGUAUCCCACCCCGGCAGCCCCGCCGCACUUCCCGGAACCCGGGGUCCCUGGACGAAGCCCUGCCUGCGCUUCAUGGACAGGAAUUCCGGUCCCCCCAGCGCGCGCACCCUGCACUGGGCAGGGCUCGGGCAUUUGGGUGGGGGCAGGGGCUGGCCCCAGGACCCCCAGGAACGCUAAGACUCGGCUCCCGCAGGGGCCUUUGCUGCACAAUAAAGCACAGGUGACCUUUG